CCAGAGAGAACAAGGUGGAACUGAUCACCUCUCUCCAUGUUUUCUCACUUGGAAGGCAGCCGCGCUGGUGGGGCCAUGAAAAGGGACAAUCCAGGCACUGCACAGAGGCAUUAAUUUCAUCAGCCUGUUCUCUGCUGGGGGACCAUGACCGCCAGGCAAAGAGUCAUCCGGGUGUCCACGGAGCGGCCGACCUCCGCUGUCUGUGUGCUGGGGACAGAAAUCUGUGUAGACAUAUAUGGGUCCAUCCCGAAGGGUGCCACGUCGUUCCGUGUCCGCGGGACCUCCGGCCUCCAAGUCUACGUCAGCUACAACCCAAAGUUUGUCACCGCCCGUGAAGAGACAGCCAAGUGGCCCCUGGAUGCUGGGGUGGAGGUCAUUGUGACCCUGAAGGAGCCCAGCCGCGCCGUCAGUGACAACAAGGUUCGGGUUUCUUACUACGGACCGGCAGGAGAGACCCUCAUCGCCAAUGCCUGGCUGUAUAUUACAUGUAUGGCUAUCUCUCUGGAUGCGGAUACUAGCCGAACUGGGUUGGUGGCCAGGAAUGCAGCCAACAAGACAAAAUGGACAUGGGGCCCAAACGGGGAGGGGGCUAUUUUGCUGGUGAACUGUGACCGUGAUGGACCCAGCUCUGGGAACAUGGACAAUGCGUACCCAUAUGUCCGAUCUUAUACAGACCUCCAAGACCUGUCCCUUGUGAUUCUCCACACCCACGGACCGGCCGGUAUCUACGACAGCCACACAUUGCUCCUUCACAUCUCCAUGUUCGAUGCAGACAAAGUGAGGGUUUUCCAUGCCUCUGGCAGUUCAUCUCUCUCUAGUUAUGAGCGUGUCCUGGGAUCGGAGAAGCUCUCCUAUGCAGUGGGGCAGGCAGAUGGGGAAGAACAGCAUACCUUCUACGUGGAGGGGCUCGCCUUCCCCGAUGCCAACUUCAAUGGCCUGAUUUCCUUACAUGCCACUCUCCUAGAGCGCUCUGGUCAGAAUUUACCAGCUACUCCCGUUUUCACAGACACGGUGGUUUUCCGGGUGGCUCCCUGGCUGAUGACUCCCAACACAAGGAAACCUAUAGAGGUCUUUGUCUGCAGCAUUAAGAAAGGAGAUUUUCCUAAUGAGAAGUUCUUGGAGGCUAUAAAGGUCCUGGCAAAGAAAGCCAACUGUAAGCUGACCAUAUGCCCAGAAAUAGAAAACCGGGGUGACCGCUGGAUCCAGGAUGAGAUGGAGUUUGGUUACGUGGAGGCCCCCCAUAAGUCUUUCCCAGUUGUCUUUGACUCUCCACGGAACAGAGGUCUCCAGCACUUCCCUUUUAAGAGGAUUCUGGGCCCUGAUUUUGGGUACGUGACCAGAGAACCCAAGAACGGUCGCGUCUCCAGCCUUGACUCCUUUGGGAACCUGGACAUCAGCCCCCCUGUGAAGGUCAGAGGAAAGGAGUACCCUCUCGGGAGGAUCCUCAUCGGCAGCAGCUUUCCCGGGCCUGGCAACCGGAAAAUGGCCAAAGUUGUCCGGGACUUCCUCUAUGCCCAGAAAGUCCAGUCCCCCGUAGAACUAUACUCGGACUGGCUCACUGUGGGGCAUGUGGACGAAUUCCUCAGCUUUGUCCCAGCUCCUGACCGGAAGGGCUUCCGACUACUUUUAGCCAGUCCUCUCUCCUGUUUGAACCUGUUCAAAGAGAAACAGAAAGAAGGUUAUGGGGAUGCUGCCCUCUUUGAAGGACUAGGGAGAUGGGGAACAAUUACGCUUGAUGAGCUUCUGGCUGAUACUGCUCUGCGCCAUGACAGCAAAUAUGUGCAGAGUUGCAUUGACUGGAACCGAAAUAUUUUAAAGCGAGAGCUUGGCCUGAGCGAGCGAGACAUCAUUGACAUCCCACAGCUGUUCACUCUAGAAGAGUCCAGGGCAACUGCGCUGUUCCCAGACAUGGUCAACAUGGUCAUCUUGGGGAAGCACCUGGGCAUCCCAAAGCCGUUCGGGCCCAUCAUCCAUGGCCAGUGUUGCCUGGAAGCCAACGUCCGCUCCCUUCUGGAACCACUGGGCCUGGCUUGCAACUUCAUCGACAACUUCUUCUCCUACCAUGUUUUAUUGGGAGAAAAUCACUGUGGAACCAACGUCCGCCGGGCACCUUUCACCUUCCACUGGUGGAACAUAACCCCCUGAAAUGGGGCGGAACUCCGAUCCAUCAUCCCUGACUUCCCUAAAAAAUAAAUACAUUUCCAAAGCAUUGUAGAAAUUUAGAGUGCCAUUGAUUACAUUGUGAACAUGGAA